AUGACGGAUGUGGAGGCGACCUAUGAGGACUUCAUCGCCUCUCGACGGUCCGGCCGCAGGAACGCCAUCCAUGACCUCCCAGCAGCUUCUGGAGAGCAGGGACCCGCUGACCUGUCCCAGAGUCUGGCACAGCUCAACAUCAACAAGUCAGGUGAUGAUGGAGAAGACACUGAGAAAAACAAGAGCUCUUCAGCUAAAGAAGAGGAGACUCAAGCUGAGGGCAGCUGA